UAGUGGCACCAUGUAUGGGCCUGUUCUGUUAAUGCUCUGGUCUUCAUUUGUUUAACUCUAAUCAUUAACUUGAACGUAAGGCUGAAGCUUUCAAACAUAACCGCAAUCCAACUCGGAGAGGAAGAACAACAGUUUGCUGUUGGCCAGAGCGUCAUAUAAAUGGAGUAAGGAUGUGUUGGAGAAAUAGAUCUGUUGAGGUGAGAGCAGAAACAAUGCUUUUGUUGCUUAAAACAGCUGAGAAAUCCAAGGCGGUUUGAUGAUUAAUCAUUUUGAAAACGGUGAGAUAAGCAGGACUCAAAGACUGAGAGUGUUGUGUCGUGAGCGAUACCGAUCAUGGAGAACAACGAGAACGCGGACAAAGAUUGGAAAACGUUGGAGCCGAAUUACACAGUGAAGAUCUUCCUCACAGUGCUGUACAGCGUCAUCCUCACCUUGGGUAUUCUUGGAAACAGCGUUACCAUUCACGUGGCGCAGGUGCUUCAGCGGAAUGGCUACCUGCAGAAAAACGUGACAGACCACAUGGUCAGCCUGGCCUGCUCCGAUUUACUGGUGCUGUUGAUCGGCAUGCCCGUGGAGCUCUACAGCGCUAUCUGGUUUCCGUUCACAUCCGACUCCGGCAACGCCGCCUGCAAGAUCUACAACUUCCUGUUUGAGGCGUGCAGUUACGCCACCAUCCUGAACGUGGCCACGCUGAGUUUCGAGCGGUACCUCGCCAUCUGCCACCCCUUUCGUUACAAAGCCUUGAGCGGCGGCCGUACAGUGAAGUUCCUGAUCUUUGCGUGGCUCUGCUCCGCCCUUGUGGCUUUGCCACUGCUGAUCGCCACAGGGAUGGAAGGCCAUGUCCCCGAUGGACGCAGGGCACCGGCACAGAAUCUGACAUUCUGCACCAACCUGAGCGAGCACUGGAUCAUGUACCGCACCAGCAUCUUCACAGCGUUCGUUCUCUAUCUUCUCGUUUUGGGUGGUGUGGUCUUCAUGUGCAGAGGAAUGAUUGUUGUACUUCGAGGCCCGAUGGGCCCGGGUGACACGGGAGCAAAUGGAGCCGGAGGGGGGGGCCCCAAACAUGAGAAUGCCCGAAUAAAGGCGUCACGGAAACAGAGCAUCCUUUUCUUGGUGCUGAUUGUCUGCGCUUUGUUCCUGUGUUGGAUGCCAAAUCAGAUUCGUCGGCUGAUGACGGCAGCAGUACCCAAGUCAGCAUGGACCGUGAGAUAUCUGAGCAGCUAUGUGAAGCUUCAUCCAGUGGCAGACACCUUCUUCUAUCUGAGCUCGGUGCUGAACCCACUGCUGUAUAACCUCUCCUCACGCCAGUUCCGCUCUGCUUUUUGGGACACGCUCUUGUGUCGUCUGUCGCUGCAGCACAUCAACAAACGGACGCUGGGAAGUAGUCAAGGCUCGAGGCUCUCCGGUAACACAAUAAGACCCCUGCUGCGCAGAUCUUUAAACCAUAUACGGAGAGCCACCACUGAGAGAUCAACUUGUCCAUCAACAGGAGAGACACAAAGCAUUCAGCCCCUUACUGAACGUCCUGCAGUGGCAGAGAUGCCUGCCAUCAACCCGCAGGAGGAAGAAACGACUGAGGAGACAAAUCAGGGGACCACAACACAAACUCCCAUCCAGCUCUGCAGACAAACAGUCUAAUGGAUAUUACGUCAACUUGUGUAGCAGUUAACAAUCUGUUCAAAGAUCAGCACUUUGUUUCUAUGAACCCCAAGAUUGGGCCACAUCACCAACAGAAAUUUCACUGCUGCGAGUCUGUAUCUACCUGCUGCAGGUCUCUCACCGCUGCAGGUCUGCGUCAAACUGCUGCAGGUCUCUCACUGCUACAGGUCUGCAUGCUGCAUGUCUCUCACGGCUGCGGAUCUGCAUGCUGCAUUUAUCUAACGACUGCGGGUCUGCAUCUAACGGAUGCAGGUCUCUCACCACUGUGCGCAUGCAUGCUGCAUGUCUCUCACGACUGCGAGUCUGUGUCUAACUGCUGCAGGUCUAUCACCGCUGCGGGUUUGCGUCUAACUGCUGCGGGCCUCUGACUUUCAAAAGAAAUCUGUGAAUUUAUUGACAGAAAUAGGAAAACAAUAAAAAGAUGUUUAGGUCAAUGACUUUGUCAAGAAUUCCCCUAUAGAUAUGAAUGAAUAUGUGGAUAACCUUACCUUUGAUUUACGUUUGGCAGACGCUUUUAUCCAAAGCUACUUACAUUGCAUUGUACUACACAUUUCUGAUUAUCUGUAAUCCAAUGGGAUCGAACCCAUGACCUUGAUGUUGCUAGAGCCAUGCUCUAACCACUGAGCUACAGGAAAGAUUAAGUUAUCAUGGAUUUAAUUGUUUCAAAAUAGUGACACAUUUUCAGUUAUUGAAAUUACAUCAAAUUCUUAGUUUUUUUGUAAAAAAUAAAUAAUUUGACUAAUAAUAUUGACAGAGAGUGUGUGGUUCAUGAUAAGGGUUAAAGGGAGUAUGUAAGGAGAUGUGUGUAGUGUUCAACAGAAUCAGGAUCCACAAGAAAUGAGAUUAACAUUAUGGAAUAUAAAAUGCUGCAUUUGUUAUCUGACAUUACAGCUGUUGUUUGCUUGACAUGCCACAGUUUCAAUCAAAUAAAAAUGCAAUUACU